AUGGAAGAGAAGGAGUUGGAAGAAGAAGAUCAAAAUAAAUAUGAUGGUGAAUCAGGGGAGGAUGAACCUAAGCAGUCCAUACAAGUUCAUACCAACUUCAGUCCAAUUCAGACCAUGGCAGCAUAUUCGCAAAAUAAUUCAUCUAAUGAAGGAUCUUCAGUUGACGGAACAAAGCUCAUGAAUUCGAUGUCAACCUUGUUAACAAUGCUUCAGAGUAAUGUGGCAGUUAUGCAAUUCAACAUGUCAAAAUUUAUGAAAGCCCAGAAGGAAGACAAGAAGAACUUUGAUGAUCUUGUCAAAACCCAUAAAGAGUUGGAGCUAACAUUGAAGAAAAACACAUAUGAGGUUGAAGACUCCAAUACGAAUUUUGGAAGGUUUGAAAAGAAACUCUUCAAUCGACAAUCCGAAAUGAUGAGCCUUGAAAGACAGAUCAAUCUUGAUAAUCAAAGAGAGGUUAUGGAAGCAAUGGGCUUGAUUCAGAAUCAGCUGGAUAAAAUUCAAGGCAGCAUGAGAAGAACAUAUGCUGAAAGACUGGAGUAUGCUGACUCUAUCGCAAGGAAAUUUCAAGCUGAAGAGAAUGCGAAAGAUGAUGCUGAGAAAGAGCAGAAUACCAUUACUCAAGGCAAUGAUGUUAGAGACAGAAGAGGUGACGGUGUAACAACCGGAACCAGAUCUAAGCGAAUGCCAACAAAUGAUGAAAACCCAAGGCCAACUAAAAGAGGCGGAGGUCGAAGUGGUGGUGAUCACGGAAGCCAAAGCAGCGGUGAUCGCGGAGGUCGAAGCAGUGGUGGUGAUCGCGGAGGUCGAAGCAGUGGUGGUGAUCGCGGGGGUCGAAGUACUGGAAGCGAUCGUGGAGUCGAACUGGCGGAAGUGGUCGUGGUGGACGCGGUCUUCCUCCGUUCCAGAACCUGCUGA